AGGCGACAGCUGGAGCCCAGCUCCCCGGGAGGCCGGCUGGCGCCGCGUGCGAGCGCCCCGGGGGCUCGGGCUGCGGCGGGAGGGCCCCGGGAGCCCGCGGGGAGCCGGGGCAAGCGCCGGGAGCUGGCGCCAGACCCGGCCCAAUGAGAACCCGGCCCCCGCGGCGACAGGAGGGCGGCGAGCCUUGAACCCGCUCCCCCGGGGCCGGGGCGUGACACGGAGCUGCCCGUAACCUUCCCGAAGGCGGCUCCGAGUCCAGCCUCCCGAGCGGUGCGGGGCCCCCGGAGGCGGCCGGGGGGCGGCCCGGGCCGGCCCCGGGGGCGUGUCGGGUACGCCCGGGCUCUGCCCUGCGCCGCCGGCCCUGGAGCCGGGGAAGCGGGACUGGGGCGCUCGGCGCUGCGGGCCGUCCGCGGGCGGGCUCGGGGAGGGAGCCGCAGCCGGGCAUGUCGGGGCUGGAGGCCGCGCUGCCGGCGGAGAAGGAGGAGGAGAGCGAGGAGGAGAGCGAGGUGCUGGAGGAGAGCCCCUGCGGGCGCUGGCAGAAGCGGCGGGAGCAGGUGAACCAGGGGAACAUGCCAGGGAUCCAGAGCACCUUCCUGGCCAUGGACACGGAGGAGGGCGUAGAGGUGGUGUGGAAUGAGCUGCACUUCACAGACAAGAAGGCCUUCAAGGCCCACGAGGAGAAGAUCAAUACCAUGUUUGAGCAGCUGGUGGUUGUGGAUCAUCCCAAUAUUGUGAAGUUGCAUAAAUACUGGCUGGAUGUGAAGGACUCCAAGGCCCGGGUGAUCUUCAUCACAGAAUACGUGUCCUCAGGGAGCCUGAAACAGUUCCUGAAGAAAACCAAGAAAAACCACAAGGCCAUGAACGCUCGGGCCUGGAAGCGCUGGUGCACACAGAUCCUCUCUGCUCUCAGCUUCCUGCAUUCCUGUGAUCCGCCCAUCAUCCACGGCAACCUGACGAGUGACACUAUCUUCAUCCAGCACAAUGGCCUCAUAAAGAUUGGCUCAGUCUGGCACAGGGUAUUUGCAAAUGCCAUCCCUGAUGACCUCCGAAGCCCCAUCAGGAUUGAGAGAGAGGAGCAGCGCAACUUGCAUUUCUUCCCCCCGGAGUAUGGCCAUGUAGCUGAUGGGACAGCUGUGGACAUUUUCUCCUUUGGAAUGUGCGCCCUGGAGAUGGCGGUGCUGGAGAUCCAGCCCAAUGGGGACAGCCGAGUCUCAGAGGAGGCGAUUGCUCGGGCAAGGCACUCCUUGGAUGAUCCCAACAUGCGGGACUUCAUUCUGGGGUGCCUGCUCCUCAACCCGGACAAGCGGCCAACAGCCCAUAACCUGCUCUUCCACCAGGUGCUCUUUGAGGUCCACUCCCUCAAACUGCUGGCAGCGCACUGCUUCAUCAACGGCCAAUACCUGAUGCCGGAGAACGUGGUGGAGGAGAAGACGAAGGAGCUGGACCUGAACAUGGUGAUGGCGGAGAUCCGGCGAGAGGGGCUGCCUGCAGUGCAGUGGAGAUACUCAGAAGUCUCCUUCCUGGAGCUAGAUAAGUUCCUGGAGGACGUCAGGAACGGGAUCUAUCCCCUGAUGAACUUCGCGGCCACCAGGCCCCUGCUGCUCCCGCGUGCGCUCUCCCAGCCUCAGGAGGACCCCCAGAAAGCCAAGACCCCCACCCCGGAGCCCUUCGAUGUGGAGACGAGGAAGGUAGUGCAGAUGCAGUGCAGCAUGGAGAUGAAUGAAGAGAAGGCCCAGUGGCAUCUCACGCUCUUGCUAACCCUGGAGGACAAGCUGCACCGACAGUUAAGCUAUGACCUGCUGCCAAUUAACCCUGUUUCUGCAGCUGACAGUUCCAAGGGCUUGGCCUCAGAGCUGGUGCACUACGGAUUCAUCCAUGAGGAUGACUGUGAAAUGCUGGCCAACUUCCUAGAAAAUGCUUUCCAUAAGCACCGGUCUCCUCCCUUGUGAGUCACCCCGAUGAGUUCUGGGCAGACAGGUGCCCCCCAAAGGAGGAUGGGAACUGUCCCAGGCCAGAAGGGGCUCUUGAUCAGACUUUCUGCUGCAGAGGUGACCUCGCCAUUUGUUCCUGGCUGUAUCUCUACUGUCCAUCUGGCCUGUGAUUCAGAAAGACAGUGGCAAGAAGAGAAAGAACCAGCAAACAUGAGGCAUUAGACAUGCGUCAUUGUUACCAGGAACCCGCCAAGAACGUGCUCUUUAGUCCCCACUUCUGAAGGAGCCAGGGCGAGCAGUGAGGUGGUUUAAGGAGUGGAGGAUCAUGCAGGAAGCUUCUGGCUGGCGGGUUUUUGAAGAUGCAAAGCUGCUGCAAGAGCUCACAAUCGGUAAAUUUACCUCUGGGAGCAAGAAGCACCUUCACUGUGGGCCAUCACUUCGCUUCCUCAGCUGGAAAUGGUCACAGCAGGGAGUGAGUCGGGUUGGGGGGAGUGCAGGUUUGGGAGGAUCUUGAGUAGUUUCUUGUCUGCCACAUUCCACCCCUUUUCCAGGCCUGAUUCCUCCUGCUCUGCUGGGUUCUCCCAGGGCAAAGGAGCCAUUGCAAUGCCUUAUAAGAACCGGACUCCCUCUGCUAGGCUGAGGAGAGGACAUUGUGAGCUUGACUGACAUGGCAUGGGAAGAAAUUGCAGGAAUCCAGAACCAUCAGGUGGUUCAUAAAAUAUGGAAAAACAGAAGAACCCCUGGUGCUGAGCACAGCCUCUGACAUUUCAGAGUUUGUCUCUUAGCCUUCCAAAAUUUUGCUGUGUCGUAGGGAAAAGCCUCGAUGUCUCUUCCUUCCAUUUCUCCUGUGGAAUUUCCAUCAUUAGAUGGGAGAAUGGGGGCAAAUAUAGCUGCUGCUUUGUCAGGUUCAAGAUUGGAAUAUUAUGCAAAUAGGAAUUGUGUAUCAAAAGCUGUGCCAUGCUGCUCUGCCUGCACCUCGCUGCUCUGAGUGUACAGUUCACACUGUGCCAUACGGGCCAUGCUGACUUUUUUACACCGUGCCUGAUUCCCUGUCUAGUACUGGCUGCGUAUGCUUUGCCACGCAGCACAGACUGUACCCUGGUGUGCUGGGCUUGCCAUGCUAAGCUGCUUUGCCACGCUGUCCUGGCUGUUUAAUUACGUGAGUUUUCCAAGCGCUGAUAUUGUGCUAACUUUGUGGACACUGACGUUUCAAUAAAUGGAUUGAAAAGAACAAA